GUAACAGAGAAGAUAGAUGGAGAGACUUGAAGUUCUACCGUAUUCUGAGAGACCCGAAGAGGAGAGCGAGAUGGACUGCUGUAAUUCGACAAGAAAUCUGGGCACCAAACGAUCACCACAGACUAUGUAGUAGUCAUUUUAUAUCUGUGGCUGAGGCUCUGCAGCCAGAUGGUCAGCGCACGGCAUGAGGCUGCCGGGCUCAAGGACGCACUUCUCAGCAUGCAUACUUGAAGCUAGUGCGCAUGUAAAGCAGGAAUUGAAUGCAGCACACACAACGUAGAAAGAGAGAGAGAGAGAGAGACAGAAAGGGGGGGCGGCCAGAUGAGCCUCACUGAACAGCAGCAGGGUCCUGUUUCAAAAACACUCCCACACUCCCACACAUGCAACCCGGCGUCGAGAGCAGCAUCGGUCCGAGCCGCCGGUGGCUGCCCCUCACCGCUUCGCCGGGGCACAAAGCCCACCGGGAGACGACGCAGAAAAUAAGCCCCCCGCUGCCUUCACGGCACCAGACUUAAGGAAGAGGAGAAGGUGGAGGGUUGGGGGCUUCUUUUGGGAGGUGCUAAAGGAGAGAGAGAGAGAGAACAGAUGAGUGAGGGCUGCUGCUGGAGGAAGAAGAGAUUGAGAACAACAUCACAGCAUCGCAGGAGCUUGCAGAUGUGGAAGCGGCUCUCAAGUUUCCAUCCUGGGCUUUUGUGGAAGCAUACUGCUGUCACACUUUGUCACGGAAAACAUAUGAAGAAUGCAUUGGGAAGCCCGACCAAGAAACCGAGAGAGUGAAGUGACACAUUGUGAUAGCUGCGCACAACAGAAAAACAUGAAAAAGAAGGCGGAAGACGAAGCGUGACAGCCUCGUGCAACGUAAAAGUCUGAAAAAGGUGUUUGGCUCAGUGAUUUUCACCCAGAGAGGAGGAGGAGGAGGAAGCAGCUGUACCAUGGGGGUCUGCUUCAGCCAGGAUGUGGGUUGGCUUCUGCCAUUCUUCAUUUUGCUGGUAAUAAUUAAUGCGUGGCCCACCUGUGGUCAAGUAUGCCCUCAGCGGUGUGAGUGCAUCAGCAAGCUGAAAACCGUCUCCUGCCAUGGUAAGCGACUGUCUGCGCUGCCCGACGGUAUCCCGUCAGACACCAGGACCCUGGACCUGAGUGGGAAUAAGCUCCGCUGGGUUGAGCAUGGUGACCUGCUUUCCUUUCCUCAUGUGGAGAAGCUGGAUCUAAGUGAAAACAUGAUCAGCGCCCUGGAACCAAAUGCUUUUUCCAGUCUGCAGAGCCUGCAGUCGCUUUCACUUAGGGGUAACCAAUUAAAAUUGAUCCCCAUGGGGGCUUUCUCACACCUUUCUAACCUCACCUCCCUGGAUCUCAGUGGGAAUAAUCUUGUGAUUCUUUUGGACUUUACUUUUCAAGACCUUAAGAGUCUGAGGAACCUGGAGGUUGGAGACAAUGAUCUGGUAUAUAUUUCAAACAAAGCCUUUCUGGGUCUGGUGGCACUGAGAGAGUUGACGAUCGAGAGGUGCAACCUGACGUCUGUGUCCAGUCAGUCUUUGUCUUACCUUCACAACCUAGUGACCCUGCGGCUUCGCUACCUUAGUAUCUCCACAUUAGAGGACCAGAACUUCCGCAAACUGGGAAAUCUAAAAGGCCUGGAGAUUGAUCACUGGCCCUAUUUGGAAUAUAUCACCCCCCACAGUCUGCAGGGUCUCAAUUUAUCAUGGCUGUCCAUCACGCACACCAACAUCACCUCUGUGCCCACCUCCGCUCUACGAAGCCUCUCCCAUCUCACCAGCCUCAACCUAUCCUUCAAUCCUAUUUCGGUACUGGAAUCCUGGUCACUGCGGGACUUGCUACGACUGAAGGAGCUCCAUCUGGUCAACAGCAGGCUUGCGACAGUGCAACCGUACGCCCUGGGGGGUCUCAGACAAAUCCGCCUGCUUAACCUCUCCGCCAACAACUUGGUGACUCUGGAAGAGGGAGCUUUCCAGUCGGUCAACACUCUGGAGACGCUCCGUUUGGACGGCAACCCUCUUGCUUGCGAUUGCCGCUUGCUUUGGAUCCUUCAACGCAGGAAGACACUGAAUUUUGACGGCGCAUCCCCAGUUUGCAGGACGCCUGUGGAAGUUCAGGGACGGGCUUUGGGCGCUUUCUCGGAUUCGGCCCUCUUUGACCAUUUCACCUGCCAGAAGCCCAAAAUCCGCAACAGGAAACUGCAGCAAAUUUCAGCUCGCGAGGGGCAGGUGGUGUCGUUUGUUUGCAAGGCGGAGGGCGAGCCAGAGCCGGUGAUCUUCUGGAUAUCGCCCCAGCGGCGUCGCAUCACUACGAAGAGCAGCGGCCGCUUGACGGUCUUAAAGGAAGGCACCUUAGAAAUAAGGUACGCCCAGGUGAUAGACACGGGAACGUAUAUCUGCAUUGCCAGUAACGCGGGAGGGAAUGACACAUACUUUGCUACACUCACAGUCAGCGGGCUCCCACUUGAUGCCGCCCUCAUGGCCAACCGCACUUACUAUGCAGGGGACCUUAAUGACACGAACCUGAAUGACACCAGAGUUUUCCUGAAGUUCACUCUGGACCUAAAGACCAUCCUCAUCUCCACAGCGAUGGGCUGUAUCAUGUUCCUAGGGGUGGUCCUCUUCUGUUUCAUUCUGUUAUUUGUGUGGAGUCGCGGAAGGGGACAGCACAAAAACAAUUUCUCCGUCGAAUACUCUUUCCGAAAGGUGGAUGGGCCAGCCACUAGCGGAGGGCAGGGCGGUGCCCGCAAGUUCAACAUGAAGAUGAUUUGAUCCUCCUGCAGAACGUUUUUUUUUUAAUCGCUUAUUCCCGACAGGAAAUUAGGAUGCAUGAAGGAUGGCUCCCUUGCUCGAGACCACUUAAGGCGUGAAUGUUGAGCCGACACCAGUUCCCUUCACACACUUAAUUGUAUAGUGUUCUUUCUCUAACACUGUUUUUAAAUGUCAAGAACAUUAAUCAGUUGCUCUUCGUGCUUUCAACAUUUAACACAAUACUGUGACACUUGGGGAGAAAAACAGACUUGACUCAUGAGAAACUAUUAAGAUGUCAACAUUACAUCUGAGUUUGUUUUUCAACAAUUUUGUUAUGUAAUGACUUGAGAAACUAUCAAGAUGUCAAGAUUAUAGCCGAGUACGUUUUUAUGAGAAUUUUGUUUAACGAGAUAGAAUGACACCAUCAUACGCCCUGAGAGUUUAACAAUUGAGCUUUUGAUCAAGAUAUUUUCCAUGUCUUUUCCUGUUAUAGCUGGAGAUGGAAACAACCAAUGAGUUUUGUAGUUCGAAGAUUGUCCGUUCACUGACAGCACUGGCCACUUACAGUAUCUUCCAAUUCAGACCACAUCUCCUCCAUUACACUGAAGACAAAAAGUUGCUACGUUUACAUGGACAAAAUUUCUUUAAUCCGAUCAGUUUUCGCAUUAAAAUUAUAAUCGGAUGCAUUGUCUUCGUGGACACUAAGUAUAUUGAUCCGAUUAAGGACUCGCGUAGAGCCUAGUUCGGGCCUAAAAAAUCCAGCCCGACCCGACACGGCCCGCUGGUAUUGAGGCCCGACCCGGCCCGAGCUCGAUCACUUAACUAGAUUUGCAGGCCCGAGCCCGAAAAACCCGAUUUUUUUUUUUUUUUUUUUUUUUUUUUUUUUGAGUGACGCGGAAAAAACGCAGCAGCAGCCAUUUAUUUUCAUUUCUUCGAGUUGGCAGAAAAAAACGCAAGUUUUCUUAAUGUUUAAAUAAUCUACAUAUUUUUUCGAGAAUUAUCAAAGCAUUCUCACAACGAAAUAACGCUGGGAACGUUUGUUAAACAUAUUUCUGAGUGUGUGGGAUAUUGUUCUCACAUGGACGCGCCUCUCUGACAAGGAAAUGAAAAUGAGGGCGGCGCCUCGGCCGUGCGCAAACGUACAGCGGGAGGACAAGAAUAAAAAGCGGCCGGCGCCACGGCGUUCGUGCACACGCACAAGCAAAAGCGCAAUACAGAGAGCCUGCUCUCCAUUUUUUUUUUUUUUUUUUUUUUUUGAGUGACGCGGAAAAAACGCAGCAGCAGCAAUUUAUUUUCAUUUCUUCGAGUUGGCAGAAAAAAACGCAAGUUUUCUUAAUGUUGAAAUAAUCUACAUAUUUUUUUGAGAAUUAUCAAAGCAUUCACACAACGAAAUAAUGCUGGGAACGUUUGUUAAACAUAUUUCUGAGUGUGUGGGAUAUUGUUCUCACAUGGACGCGCCUCUCUGACAAGGAAAUGAAAAUGAGGGCGGCGCCUCGGCCGUGCGCAAACGUACAGCGGGAGGACAAGAAUAAACGGCGUUCGUGCACACGCACAAGCAGAAGCGCAAUACAGAGAGCCUGCUCUCCAAUUUUUUUUUUUUUUUUUUUUUAAUAAUUUAUUAGUCCGGCAUGGCGGCCCGACCCGAACUGACCCGAACGUGAAUGCUUAAAAUGUGGGCCGGGUUCGGGCACAAAAUCUAACCUCUAGUGUCCAUGCAUCACACUUUCGAUCGGAACAUAAUAUUUUGACAUGUGCAGAUUGACAAAAUGUACCAGAAAUAGUAGACUUCCAUGUCAACAAAUCAUUGCUCCGUCCAUUUCUGCGUUAAACAUUAACGUUAUUCCAUGUAUUUUUCCUGCGAUGCUUUUGUCUGAAGAGGAAAAAAAAGGGAGGCUACCAGAGAUAAAAGGAUUCUGAAGAAUAAACAUUUGUCUGGCUUUACUUGUUGGCAUGACCCUCAAACGAACUCGUCAGCGCUGACAAGUUCGGGUGUGGUGGGGGGCAUAGCCAUACUAAGCCACAUGGUUGCUAACCGUCACAUGCUAUUGUUUAGCCACUACUGGAUUUAUUACCUUUUUACUAUUCAUCCUUCACACAGCUGCUGGAAACAGAAAUUUUGUUUAAUCCAUCUGCAAGUGACCGGGAGAUCAUUUCGACACUGUGCGGUUGUGCGCUAGUCCUCAUGAGAAGCCCAGUCUUUUUUAAAGCAAAACACUACAGCUUUUGUCCACCGGCGUUGCUAAAAUCAACCAAAACUGAAAAGUUACAUAGUGUUGCUACAAGUUAUAUUAAUGACUAUUUUUUUUUAACUUUUCUUGAAAUUAUUCGUAAUGAGCCAUUUGUUGUGAUCAUCUGAAUACACGUGAUUCCGUCAACCAUUCCACCCUCCCUCCCGAAAAAUCCAAAAGAAUAGCAUUUUGGAAAAGAGCUCUAUAAUUGCAUUGGACCAAUGAAAAUUGAGCCUCAAGCAUCAUGAAAUGGCUUGUCAUUUUUGUGAGCUUUUGACAUUUUACCAAUUUAUAGAAUUAUGAAAAGUUUAAAACUGACUUUACUUUUUACACCCAAAUUUGUGGCUGCUUGCUGGACCUUUGCAAGUCAGAACGUCAGAACAUUGCAUCAAGGUCAACUUUAAUGCAUUCACUUCUAUUUGUUAACAGACAGCAUCCAUAAAUUUGGAAAUGGGAUUUCUCUUUUUCAUUACCAAAUGUUAUGAAAAUAAUAACCCCUGACAACAUCCUUACAAGGGUGCACAAAGCAAUUUGAACAUAACAGUCCAGCCCACACUCAACAGCAGUGCUUAAUGUUUCGGUGGAUGUUAGUUUGUAUUUCCAAAUUUUUCAUGACAGGGUAGUGGUCUUUAAAUGCCAACAUCUUGCCAAAUGAUUUAAUUUAAUUCUUAAACACUUACUACAGUGUCUUGCAAAGAGGUGAUCGACUGUUCAGUGUUGCCAACUUAGCGACUUUUUUUUAAAGUCCAGUAUAUUUAGAAACUUUUCGAAGAGCAACUCACAAGAAACCGAACUUUUUGGCGAGACAGCGAGAACCCAAAGUGGUAUUUGCCAUGUGGCAAAAUGGAUUUUGCCAUGUGGCAUUUGUUUUGCCAUGAGCAAAAUGGAUUUUGACAUGUGGAAUUUCUUUGGUAUGUGUCAAAAUGGAUGUUGACAUUGGCAUUUGUUUUGGUAUGUGGCAAAAUGGAUUUUGGUUUGUGGCAUUUUUGGGGAUGGGUAUGUGUAUACCCCCCAAAAAAUGCCACAUGGCAAAAUCCAUUUUGCCACAUACCAAAAAAAUGCCACAUGGCAAAAUCCAUUUCGCCAAAUGUUAAAAAAGUGCCACAUGGCAAAAUGCAUUUUGCCACAUGGCAAAAAAUGCCACAUGGCAAAGAAAAAAAUGCCAUAUGGCAAAAUCCAUUUUGCCAAAUGUUAAAAAAGUGCCACAUGACAAAAUGCAUUUUGCCACAUGGCAAAGAAAAAAAAAUGCCAUAUGGCAAAAUCUAUUUUGCCACAUGGCAAAAAAAUGCCACAUGGCAAAAUCAAUUUUGCCACAUGGGAAAAAAAUGCCACAUUGCCUAAUACAUAUUGCCACAUGGCAAAAAAAAUGCCACGUGGCAAAAUCCAUUUUGCCAAAUGGCAAAAAAGUGCCACGUGGCAAAAUCCAAUUUGCCACAUGGCAAAAAAAUGCCACAUGGCAAAAUCCAUUUUGGCACAUGGCAAAAAAAAAAAAAUGCCACAUGGCAAAAUAAUGCCACAUGGCACAGAAAAAAAUGCCAUAUGGCAAAAUCCAUUUUGCCACAUGGCAAAGAAAAAAUGCCACAUUACAAAAUCAAUUUUGCCACAUGGCAAAAUCUAAUUUGCCACAUGGCAAAAAAAUGCCACAUGGCAACAUCCAUUUUGCCGCAUACCAAAAAAAUGCCACAUGGCAAAAUCCAUUUUGCCAAAUGGUAAAAAGUGCCACAUGGCAAAAAGCAUUUUGCCACAUGGCAAAAAAUGCCACAUGGCAAAGAAAAAAAUGCCAUAUGGCAAAAUCUAUUUUGCCACAUGGCAAAAAAUGCCACAUGGCAAAAUCCAUUUUGCCACAUGGGAAAAAAAUGCCACAUGGCAAAAUCCAUUUUGCCACAUGGCACAGAAAAAAAUGCCAUAUGGCAAAAUCUAUUUUGCCACAUGGCAAAGAAAAAAGCCACAUGGCAAAGAAAAAAUGCCACAUGACAAAAUCAAUUUUGCCACAUGGCAAAAAAACUGCCACAUAGCCAAAUCCAUAUUGCCACAUGGCAAAAAAAUGCCACAUGGCAAAAUUCAUUUUGCCAAAUGGCAAAAAAGUGCCACAUGGCAAAAUCCAA